GGAAGUGACGUCACGCCGCCCUACCCCCCCACCCGCCUUACCACCCCUUAGUCGCCGGCUGCUCUGUGACCAACGCGCGCUGCCCUCAAAACCUUUGCCUCUUCGCCCGGGUUCGAACUCGGCCGUUCGUGGCGCCGCCCGUUGGCUUCUUUGACGAAGCCAAAGAUGUCAAUGCUCGCCGAGCCACGCAGGAAGCAGAAGUGGUCGGUGGACCCCAGGAACUCCGCGUGGGUCAAUGACAACAGCAAGUUCGGGCAGAAGAUGCUGGAGAAGAUGGGAUGGAGUUCAGGCAAGGGCCUUGGGGCAAAUGAGCAAGGUUCCACCAACCACAUCAAAGUGAACGUGAAGAACAACAACCUAGGGGUGGGAGCCGCCGUUAACCAAGAGGACAAGUGGAUCGCGCACCAGGACGACUUCAAUCAGCUUCUGGCCGAUCUCAAUGACCAGCACGGGCAGCAAGAGGCCACGGAACAAGUGCAGAAAGCCGCCUUCAGCCUGGAGGAGAAGUCAAAGCGAUCCCGAAAGCGCGUGCAUUACAUGAAGUUUGCGAAAGGCAAGGACCUGUCCACGCGCAGCGCUGACGACCUGGCAUGCGUCUUCGGAAAGCGAGCGAAGAAAUCCCACGGGGAGACGGAGCGGGACGCCCCGGCCUCUGUGCAGGAGAGCGAGGAAGAGCAGUGCGUCUCGGAGUCUCCGUCGCCACCGCCCGUGGAGCCGGAGGCCGACGACGGGCUGCGCACGACCACCAGCGCGCUGUCCGUGCAGGAGUACUUUGCCAGGAAGAUGGCGGACGCCCGGCGCGGCGCUGCGGCGGCGGCGGCGGCGGCGGCCGUGGAGGACGGGCGCAGCGAAGCGACUCCGGGCAGGACGAGCCGGGCCGGGAGGAAGAGGACGAUGGCGGGUGACGUGCCAGGCGGCGAGGAAGGCGAUCCGCGGGCCCUGCAGCCGCCCGAGGGCGAGGACGGUGGCCCCGAGUUAGCGGAGGAUGCCGCGGUUAGCGUGCGCGAGAAGAAAAAGAGGAAGAAGGACAAGAAGAGGAGGAGGAGAGAGGAGCUGGAGGAGGAGGUGGAGAGAGCGAACCCCGUAGAAGACGACGAGGAGAGCGCAGAGCGCGACCUGCCGAGCGGAGACGUCGAGCAGGCGAGGAAGAAGAAGAAGGAAAAGAAGAAGAAGAAAAAUAAAAAUAGAUCGAGGGACAGCGAUUGACGAUUGACGGGAGUGUCGCUCACCUCUGAUAGGGUGAAGAGUUUGGCGUUCUGUGAGAGGUCACGUCAAACCAUUGUCCAAAUAAACACGGCUCCUAGACUUACUGCCUCUAGGGAUGGGAUGGCCUUCACUAGGCAUGUAACGAAACGUCGGUCCAUUGAUUAAACCCGGUUCUUCUGCCCACGCUGCGAACACAACAUUUAACGUGCAGUCGCAUUUAGAGGUUUGUGAAACUUGCAUUCAGAUAAUUUUGCUCACGUUAAAAAACAAAAAUGUAUGAACGAGACGGGGGGAAUAAACGGAAAUAAUGCAAAUAAAACGAUGAGUAUGAAUAUGUUCUUAAUUUGAAACGCGACCCCAAAAUUUCGAGGGUUCACCGGAUCUCCAGCGGGUGAGUCGCUAUGCACCCUGCCCUCGGGGGGGUCUGGCGGUUAGCGUGACCGUUCUGUUGAUGCUGCCGACUCGGCUGCCAAUUCUGACCUCUGAUCUCACUUUUUUAGCCCUUUGACCACAACGCCACAGCAGAGAAGGUGCAGCAUGAUGAUGGGAAAAACCAUCAGUCGCCACCAAAAUAAUCAUCAGCCAUGGUCUCUCCGCUGCAGGAUGAAGGCCUCUCCACAACUGUAUCGGUCGUAGCAGGUUGUUUGAGUAUACGUCACCACGCCGAUCAUUGAGUUGGUGAAGGGGCAGCAGGCCCAGCAACUGUUCAGAUUUCACUCGCCACUGCUGGUAGCCGUGGCUGGAAAUCAACAUGAGGUCGCCAGGUCCAUAGCACACUGCCCGCUACCCGCUGCACAAAUCGUCUCCCCUGUGUGGCCACGAAAUAACAUGGUAACGGUGUCGACGUGUUAGCUUGUCAUUAUUUAUUUGAUUUUGUAGGAUUUGUUUUUACUUAAACAGCUCAUUUUUUGCCAUCUCCCAUUGGCCUACCGGUAGUUAAGGUUGGUAUCUGACCCCCCCCCCCCCAGGUGGACCAUCACUCAAUGUCGAUCGUGGGAAGCUCUCGAGCGAGCAGAUAACGGGGGCCCCGGUUUCGGACGUACAUUUCUGACAUUUUAAAUACGCAGGCAGUCGUUGGCGUGAUCACGGAGCGGCUUUUUUUUUGUUUUACUUGCGUGUCGUGUACCAACUAAUUCAGAUGUAAAUAACAACUUGUGCCGUCCCCCUCGGGUAAGGGGGAGAAGCGGCUCGUAAAAUAGCGCGACGACGGACCUACCGGUGGCGAAACGACAUCGUUGUCGCACCACACUGGGAUGGCGAUGAUGAACUCAUUUUAGUGCUCGCGUCGUGCCGUUGACUCACCCCAUGAAUAAGGCGUAUUUGCGAUGGUUACCUGCGGGGUCGAUUAUUAAAAUGUUUCACGGCGAGGUCACCUGCCACUUUGUGGAGCGUGCGCAGCCACGGCUGCGUUGUCUCCGGUGCGCAAUGGGCAGGGAAGGUGAAGGGGGAGGCGCCCCACCCGUGGGUGUGUGCGUGCGUCACUGACCAGAGCGAGGACACCUCCGAGAAUGUUUUUCAAUAAAUCAACUUGUUUCGCGUCAACUCUA